AUUGGUCGAUUAGGCCGAGACCAUAAAACUGACCAAUGAAAUUUGUCGUUUUAUAACGUGAAGGAAUUUGUCGGCGUCGUAUAAACCUUUUUUGCUUUGAAAAUGGUCCGAAGUCAAAGCAAAAGUAGGGAAAGGAAGAAGAGCGGAUCAGAGCGGGGGAGGGAGAGAAAGAGGAAAAAUUCCUCUAGCAGUGGAUCUGGGUCCUCUAGUUCUUCACGUUCCCGAAGUAGAUCUGGUUCCUCCUCCUCCAGCAGCAGUUCCAGUGGAAGUUCCAACAGCAGCUCCUCUAGGUCUGGAAGUUCCAGUUCUAGUCGUUCGUCUUCAAGUGCAAGUGAGAAGGGGCGGGGAGGGAAAGCCUCCAAAAGGCAGCAGUCAGAUUCCCCAAAGAGAAGAAAGAAGAGUCCAGAGCCAAAGCCAACAAAAGUUCACGUUGGGAAGCUGACUCGGAAUGUAAACAAGGAUCACAUUAUGGAGAUAUUCUCCAACUAUGGCAGCGUAAAGAACAUAGAUAUGCCGAUGGACAGAGUGCAUUCAAACUUUAGUAAAUUAUUUGCAUAUAUUGAGUAUGAAUCGCCUGAGGAAGCGGAGAAGGCUGUAAAGUAUAUGGAUGGAGGACAAAUUGAUGGACAAGAAAUAUCAGCAAGUGCAGUGCUGGCAGCUAGACCUGUACGGGCACCUCAACGUCGGAGUCCACCCCGCAGAGGGCCACCAGCUAGAUGGGGACGACCUGCCUCGCCACGAUACAGAGACAGGCGAAGGACACCCCCUCCAAGAAGAAGAAGCCCCCCACCCAGAAGACGCUCUAGAUCAAGGUCGCGGUCCCCUGCCAAGAGGCGGCGAUACAGCCGGUCAAGCUCGAGUUCAUCACGUUGAAGAUUUUUUGUGUGUUUGUCUUACGUUUCGCAGAUUACAAAUUCUCAUCACCGUGAAAGUUGCAAGCUUUCAAUUCGACAUUUAAUGUAUUCUGUACUUGGUGUACUUUGAAAAUGAGCUACAACAAAGUUUGAGAAUUUUCAUGAACCACCAAUUUUGUGGUGUGUAAUAGUUCAUUUUUAUGAUUUUAGCAAGUAUAUACCAUUAUUGCACAUUAUCAUUGAAAAUUCAUUUGAAUAAAGUUUAUCAUCUUUUA